CGAUUUUCGCGGUCCUCUUCCAAUUGCAAGUAUUGAUCAACUUUACUUUCAAUUAUUCAGUGCCUACCUAAACGACAAAUACUUGGAACAACUUUUGCUCAUCAGUGUAGAAUUUUUAGAUCCAUCCAUCCUGUUAUAAAAGGAACUGGUUUGCUGCAAAAACCAUACUAAUCCAAAUUAAACCAAACUCGAUCAAUUUCUAUUGAUUCCCCUUCCCACUCUUGAUCUACUGCAAAGUUUUCUCUCAACCCUCCCUCAGCCAGGAGUUCAAACUGAUUAGUUGGGGAUUUAUCAUAUAUAACACUCAUGUCUGCAAAUUAUAAGAGUGCUAAAGAUCAUACAGUUAUCCAUAUUGGCAAGAAAUGCAAGAAAAGCAUCUUCAGGGUUCCUAACGUGCUCCGGAGACGAAACCCAGAAGCAUAUACACCUGAGGUUGUUUCAAUGGGACCUUUUCAUCAUUAUCGAGAAAAGCAAGGCAAGGAGGAAGGUAAAGGAGGCAAGGGAGGCAACGAAGGCAAAGGCGAGGAAGAUUUCCAACUGACGGAACGAGUGAAGAAGAGCUAUUUGAAUGAAAUUCUCACAGGUAUGAAGAUUACUUUGGAAGAGUUGACCACAAAAGUUACUGAGCUCUCAGAUCAGAAAAAUGAAGGUGGCUUUGAGGAACGAGCCCGCAAUUUUUAUGCAGAACCACUUGAUCAUAUUUCUUCCAAAGACUUCAUCGAGAUGAUGAUAGUUGACGGUUGCUUCCUAAUUCAACUGUUUCGGAAGUGUGAUGAUCCGAAACAUAGGGCCUUUGAUGACCCUGUGUUCAACAUGGAUUGUAUGUUUCAUUUCCUAUGCCAUGACAUUUUGCUCCUAGAGAAUCAACUACCUUGGUUUGUAAUCCACAGUUUGUAUGGCCUUACCCUUGAUAUAUACCCUGGUGAAGCUUCCCGUGAUGUGUACUCUGGUGAAGCUUCCCUCUCUAUUAUAAUCCUGAAAGCGCUUAGCAUACUACCAUCACUGAAACAUAGUUGCUCAACCUAUAAAACGCAUCUCCAUGAAAACGAGUGUCAUUGUGAUGCUGAUGUUCUGCACAUACUUGAUCUGGUAAGAGCUUCCAUAGUUAUUCCAUUAACUAACAUAAAAGAGACAGGGCAUAAAGCAGCUGGUAAAGAAGGUACAUCCAACCCUCAAGAACAUCAAGUGCACACUGGGAACAAAGACAAGAGAGACAAUAAAGCUGUUCAUGAAGACCCAGAUCAACAUCAAAUUCGUACCGCAACCGCUCUCUCAAAGGCAAACAUUAAAUUCAAAAGCAUCGAAAAGGAUAGCAUAAUGGACAUCCAAUUCAAAGAGGGUGGGUGGUUCAGGAAUGGGAUUCUUGAGAUUCCACAGCUAAACGUUGGAAUGUCAUCGGAAACAUUAUUCAGGAACCUUAUUGCAAUUGAGCAAUGCUACCAUGGUUAUUCAAACGAGAUAACAUCUUAUGCCAUCUUUAUGGAUAACCUCAUAUCUUCGAAGGAAGAUAUGGAAUUACUUUGCAAGGAAAAAGUAAUUGGUAACUGGAUGAGUGAUGAAGAUGGUUGUAAGUUCUUCAGCAACCUUUACAAGGACAUCCCGCACAAUAAGUUCUACUAUGUUGAGCUGUGCGAAAAAGUGAAUGAUCGUUACAGGUCGAGAUGGCAUACAUGGUUGGCUUUACUCAAGAGUGAAAAAUUUUCUAAUCCCUGGAGAAUUUUAGCUUUCGGGAUAGGUAUCUUCAUUUUGAUUCUCACCGCCUGCAGCCAGACACUCAACAUUCGGGUUAACAUGCAUAAGUGAAGUUUUACUAGCUAGCUAGCUAGUUAUUCACAAUUGCCUGCAUUUCUCACUUUCUUUGUCUCUGGCUGUGGUUGUUUUUGAGAUAUUUGAAUGUACCUCUUACAUAUGUCAUCUUAAUUACGUUGACGGUAUAUUUCGAUAUAUAUGUCGUUGUACCUGUACUUAUUGCAGCUUAUUUAGAAUUAUAAUUUUCUCUUG